UGAAUGUUCUAUGAAGCCUCUUUCUUAACUAUAUGUAACGCAGUCCGAGCAAUUAUCAAAGUUUUAUGUUUCUUAUGUUGUGACACCGUAAAGCUGCUAUGUUUAUCUGUUAGCUUGCGGCAAAUUUGUGGCUAACAGUUUGCUAGAAGCUAAUUUGCAUACGAAUUCUGAACUUUCCGCAACUUUGCCGCAAACAGUUUGCCAGAAGCUAAUUUGCAAACGAAUUCUGAACAUGCCGCAACUUUGCAGCAACUGUUUGCUACAAAUUUGCACCAAACGUUCCGCAAAUUUGCAGCAACUGUUUGCCAGAGGCCUUAUAUUUUGGUAAGGGUUAUUAUCAAAACCUGCGGUUUUUAACUGUAUCGAACAGAAGCAAGUGGCAACAGUGGGUCGCCUUAUUUGUUUUGUUAUUGUUUACAUGUUACAAAUCAUUCAAACUCAACAUUCUGUACAUAUGAUUAAAAAACAGUAAUUUUUGUUUUAUAAAAAGGUCAAUGUUGCCAAUGUAGAAUUUAGACAUUUAAAAAGUAACCAUCAUUGAUGAUCACAAAACUUGAUAAACUGAAUACAAAUUGUGAGCUAAAACGAAAUUAUAUACAUCGUCUGUAGAUCGUUUGGUAAGAUAUCGAUUAUUUUGGAUUUAAAUACAUUGUAUUUGCACUAUGCAUUUAACGACUACAUAGAAGUGUUGAAUGACGAAUAACGGUGUCUGAACUAACAAAAGAAGAUGAGUGGUGGUCCUGCAGGGUCGACAUCUUUAUGUUUUAUACCACAAAUUUCAACGGAAAAUUUUUCCCGUCUGUGUCAACUUAUAAUGAAAAUUUGUAGUGAUUUAUUACGGGACAUUUUAAGUCGUUAUAUUAAACCUGCUGAGCUCAGGUCAGAGCUAGAUAAAAACAAAUGCAAACUUGAGAAAAUAAUGAAUCAGCAGCAGAAACAACUAAUCUAUUCAGUCGCUUGUAAAACAUCACUUGCUGCUAAGGACUUAGAUAUUUCUUUACUUUACAUACUUUUACGUAACAUUUGCAACAUUCCUAGCCAUAAGAACGGAUGGGGAAAACAACCAAUGAAAGGUGACAACAGCAUAUCAGCCUGUAUAGAGCGAAUACGAUUUCAAAGGAACUUGAUAUCAGCACAUUCAACAAACGGCGACGUAGAUGAAGCAAAGUUUCAUAACUAUUGGGAUGAACUGAGCGGCACAGUACUUGAAAUUGAGAAACAAUUGAUUGGUGGUGAAUCUUAUGAACGGGCAGUGAAAAGUUUACUAACCUGCGAUCUCAGCCCUAGUAGAACAGCAACAUACCAAGCCGAAUUCAAAAGAUUACACGAGAGAAUGGAAAAGUGGGAAAGGACACCUAGAAGGAAGCGGGGAAAAAAGAGAAAACACCAUUCGUCCUCUAACAGAAAUGAAAUGGAAGGAAUAGAAAAAAGGCUGAAGUGUUUAGAGGGUAAAAUGCUUGAUUAAUUCAAAUGAAAAUAUAAUUGCAAUACAAAUAUAUAUUAAUUCUUUGAAUGGAAAUGCUUUUAAAAUGAUUGUCAACAUUAAUUUUCAAUGUUAAUA